GCACGGACGCACGCAAUCUUGGAUAACCCAACGUAAACGCCUGCUCGCAGUCGUAGAGCUCGCUUUGUCUCCCCAUAAAGAAAAAGGACCGUGCAAUACACAAGACGGGUCUUGGGCGCCUCCUUGGAGUUACUUCGUAGGCAAGAUGUCGUCCGUCGUUACAGGAUCACCUCCGCUUAUUUCGCCAACCGAUGGGAGCGUUGGUGGAGGUUCCUUUCCUGGCGGUUAUCGUCCUUUUGAUCCAGAGGAGUAUGGCUUGGAGCGCAGUUUCCGACUCACAGCCUUCUCCGAUCUCAAGGGAUGAGGCUGUAAAGUCCCGCAGGAGGCACUGCUCAAACUCCUGCAGGGACUAGAGCCCGAGCCCUCUGUUGCGGAGAUGCACGGAGCGGUUGGGGAUCACGGCCACGCGGAAGAUGGUACUGGACACUACCAGCAUCUUGGAGGGACACAGUCGUCAAACCGGCUAGGAAUUGGAAUGGACUCUUGUGUGAUCCCACUCAGACAUGGGGGUCUGUCCUUGGUUCAAACAACAGACUUUUUCUAUCCUCUUGUGGAAGACCCAUAUAUGAUGGGCCGCAUUGCCUGUGCCAAUGUUUUGAGUGAUCUGUAUGCUAUGGGAAUCACAGAAUGUGACAAUAUGCUGAUGUUACUAAGUGUAAGCCAGAAAAUGAAUGAAAAGGACCGUGAGAAGGUGAUGCCAUUGAUGAUUCGUGGUUUUCGAGAUGCUGCAGAAGAAGGUGGUACGUCAGUUACUGGUGGACAGACGGUGGUUAAUCCUUGGAUCAUUAUUGGUGGUGUUGCCACAGUGGUGUGUCAGCCUAAUGAAUUCAUUAUGCCUGACAAUGCUAUUCCAGGAGAUGUACUUGUCCUGACCAAGCCUCUUGGGACACAGGUUGCUGUCAAUGCCCACCAGUGGCUGGACAAUCCUGACAAAUGGAAUAAAGUGAAGUUAGUGGUGUCAAAAGAGGAUGUCGAGUUGGCCUAUCAGGAAGCUAUGUUUAACAUGGCAAUGCUUAACAGAACAGCUGCUGGUCUGAUGCAUACAUUCAACGCUCAUGCCGCUACUGAUAUAACAGGAUUUGGAAUACUAGGGCAUGCCCAGAACCUGGCCAGACAGCAGCGUUGUGAUGUGGCAUUUGUCAUUCACAACCUUCCCAUCAUUGCAAAGAUGGCUGCAAUCAGCAAGGCUUGUGGAAACCUUUUUGGCCUGUUGCAGGGAACGUCUUCGGAGACCUCGGGAGGUUUAUUGAUUUGCCUACCUAGGGAACAAGCAGCACGAUUUUGUGCCGAAAUCAAAUCUCCUAAAUACGGUGAAGGUCACCAGGCCUGGAUUAUUGGAAUUGUGGAAAAGGGUAAUCGCACAGCCCGAAUAAUUGACAAGCCGCGUAUCAUUGAGGUAACUCCAAGAGGAGCUCCAUCCAACCAUGACAACAACCAUUCGAACCCAAGUCCUGAACAACAACAACCUGGUCUUUCAUGAGCACAGCAGGCAUGCUUUCAAUAGUAUCGGUCCUCUGACAUCUAAAAUAUUGCUGCACUCAGUGACAGAAUACAGACUUCGAGCUGUUACAAGUUAGAUAUUCGGGACUAUCGCCUUGACUGGCUUCCUUUCAACCAGUUGCCAUGACAGUUUUUUGUACAAUGGAAAUGAAGUUUUAAUUCCCAAAACUCAAUUGCUACAAAGAUUUAUAUAUAUAUAUUUUUUUUGACAUUGCUACUUUGAGUUAAGUUCUAAUUUUCAUUUGGCGUAGUUUUAACAAGCCACUCCUGUAGCUCGCUUGUGGAGGCUUUAGAAAUGCUAAUCAAGCCAAAAAAAAAAACCUAUGAUAAUGUCUGAAAAUAAUUGGAAUUACUCGAAGUAGCUGCCUGAAUGUUUCCAUUAACAUUGGUGCCUUUUUUUUCUUUUUUAAUAAUGGAUCACCUCCCCAGUUAGACUAAGCUGUCGUUCAUCAGAUGUGUUUGAUGUCCGUAUUCCUGGCCUUACACAGACCUCUCCUGCUUUAUCUGCCAGAUCAGUGCUUUGCUUUGGUCUUCCAAAUCCUAACCGUUUACCGUAGAAAUGCACCUUGGGUAGAGAGAGACUCGCAUUAGUCCCCGUGUUUUGACUACUUUGCACUAUUUCCUGACCAAACGUAGGCUGGUGCAUCACAUGCCUGUAUUAAUUUGUUUUUUUGCUGUUAAUUGCAAUAUACAUAAUUAUUGUUUGCACCAUUGGAAACCCAAGUGUCCACCUAACUGCAUUUUGGCUAUGAAAAUGAAUUUAGCAACUAUUCAAAAAGGAGAGACUGUCUGCUUCAUUACUAUAUCGCUAUAUCUUGUUUUUCAGAUUUUAUCACUUUUGUUUUUGUUAGUUCCCCAACAGCUUUUCUAAGUAAUAUAAAUUCGUUAGCAUUAGUGUCCAUCUAGCCUCCAUAAUGCUUAGAAAUCCCGGAUUCUCUUUUUCCCCUCCCUGUUCAUCUGUGGGGUGACGGCAACUAAACAAAUAUUUCAAUUUUCUCAGUGGGUGGAAAGAUUGACCGAAAUUUGACAUUUUGGUGAUUUUUGAGUCUUACUUUAAAGACCCUAUGCACUGUAUGUAUGCAUGUAAUUUUUUUUUUUUUUUUUUUUUAUCCCUUUUAUUGUUUUGCCUCCUACUUUAUUUAGGGCCUGAUAAGCAUUUUGAAAGAACAGGAAUGUAUAGCAAAAAGCUGGAAUAACUGGCAAUGUCCGAGACCGACUUGAGAGCAUUCAUUUACUUUUGAUCCUAAGUGUACAGAAUUGUUACUCAUAACUCUGUGCUCAUGCCGAUUAGGUAAAGUGUCUACUUUUUGAUCAAUAAUUAAUAUUCCCUUUCAUUUUUUUCCCAUAAUGCUACAUUUCGUGGGAAGUUUCUAUUUUCUGGGUUUUUGGGAACUGUAAGGAAUGUUUCUACCCAUUUUUUUUGCCAAAGAAAUUAAAAUACCUUUUAGACCUAUUUAUGAUCACCUUCAGAUAUGCUGCUUUUUUCCAAAACUUGAUGCAUAAACUAACAUUCCAUUGACAGGCAGUUUCAAUUAAUACCAUGAAUUUUGAGUCUGCAUAGUUGAGUUUUGGGAACCCUUACUAUUGCUGAGGCAGCUUUCUUUUGCUUUUUAGAGUCUCUCCGAUUUAUAAAAUGCUUAAACUACAAGGAAAUAGUGUGCUUUUUCUUUUCUUUUUACCUCUGUUUCUAUAUGAUGAUGUUUUGGUGUAUUAAAAAUGCCUUUUUAAUGAACGCACAUAUUGAAAUGGUUUCACCUCCUGCUGUUUUGCAGUUAGAAUUGAGCAGCUAACUUCAGAGCAGUCCUGGUAGGUGAGGCUAAGGCUGCCGAUUACCUUUUUUGAUGGCGCGUUUCCCACGCAUUCAUUCUGCUGAUGACGUGCCUCCUGUUAAACCCCAGACAAGGGGGUGGGAGGUGCUGAUGAAAUGAGAAGACAUGCACUGCCAUACUAAAGCUAAUAUGCAGCUUCCAUUGCUUGCAUUAUCUCCAUAAACCCACUAAAAAUAAUAAAAACUACUUCAAAGUUUA